UGUCCCAUAUUUGUGUGGCUUGGCUACUUUAUACAAGUCUUCUUUGCACUGUUUUAAACUUUGGAGAUGGAAAGGUUGUACUGCCGAAAUAUUUGAUUCACUUCGGAGACGGUAACAUUAUGGCUAAAGACCAAGAGCCUCAAUGGGUGGAUAUUUUGAAAAGGAGGUUAGCAAACAGGAAAAAAGACGACAGAAGCGACGAGGAGAAGAAAGCAGAAGAAACGGAGCUGUUCACCAAAUACUACACAGAGUGGAAGGGAGGAGGCGACAAAGACAAGUCCUACAAGAACAUCCCACGAUUCUACUACAGGCUACCAGCAGAGGAUGAAGUAUUACUACAGAAACUGAGAGAGGAAUCCAGAGCUGUCUUCCUCCAGAGGAAGAGCAGAGAACUUCUGGAUAAUGAGGAACUACAGAAUCUGUGGUUUCUGCUCGACAAGCACCAGGUGCCUCCAGUGAGUGGAGAGGAGGCCAUGAUCAGCUAUGAAGCCUACCUGCAGGUGGGGGAGAAGGCCGGGCCCAAGUGCCAAAAAUUCUUCACAGCCAGAGUGUACUCCAAGCUGCUCCAUAGCGACCCUUACGGCAGGAUCUCCAUCAUGCAGUUCUUUAACUACGUCAUGAGGAAAGUCUGGCUGCAUCAGACCCGGAUAGGUCUGAGUCUGUAUGACGUAGCGGGACAGGGCCACCUCAGAGAGUCGGAUCUGGAGAACUACAUCCUGGAGCUGAUCCCCACUCUGCCUCAGCUGGACGGACUGGAGAAGUCCUUCUACUCUUUCUACGUCUGCACCGCUGUUCGCAAGUUCUUCUUCUUCCUCGACCCCCUCCGAACAGGAAAGAUGAAAAUCCAGGAUAUAUUGGCCUGCAGUUUUCUGGACGACUUAUUGGAGCUGAGAGACGAGGAGCUCUCUAAAGAGAGUCAGGAGUCCAACUGGUUCUCGGCCCCCUCCGCUCUCCGAGUCUACGGCCAGUACCUCAACCUGGACAAGGACCACAACGGCAUGUUGAGCAAAGAGGAGCUUUCUCGCUACGGUACGGCGACGCUCACCUCGGUCUUCCUGGACAGAGUGUUUCAGGAGUGUCUCACCUACGACGGAGAAAUGGACUACAAGACCUAUCUAGACUUUGUAUUGGCGUUGGAAAACAGGAAGGAGCCUGCGGCGUUGCAGUAUAUUUUUAAACUUCUGGACAUGGACAAUCAGGGAUACCUCAACGUCUUCUCCCUCAACUACUUCUUCAGGGCCAUUCAGGAGCAGAUGAAACUCCACGGUCAGGAGCCCGUCACCUUCCAGGAUGUCAAGGAUGAGAUCUUUGACAUGGUGAAGCCCAAAGACCCGUACAAGAUCACUCUCCAGGACUUGGUGAACAGUUGCCAGGGCGAUACCGUCACCAGCAUCCUGAUCGACCUCAACGGCUUCUGGACCUACGAGAACAGAGAGGUGCUGGUUUCCAACGACAGCGACGGCAGCAACACAGCUGACCUCGACGACAGCUGAAGAUGAUUUGGGGGGCUGACGUGUGGCUGAGGCACCCGUUACCUAAAGGACACCGUUUCACUCAGUGUCACACCUGAACUCUUACUGCUGACUCAGGACCCCCUGGGUAUGUUUUAGCUAGAUAUGGACAUCGUGAAAACCUUGAGGAAAUGAAGGAAAACAGCAGAGAUUCUGCUUUGCAAAUAUUCCGUAUUUUCCUGUAAAGAAGACCAUUGUUUUGUCAUUUACCUCUUUAAAAUAAAUGUUUCCUUUUGUGACCAUGCCUAAAUGUUUUCUUUUACACCCACUGAGAUCAAAAGCUGCUGUUUUGAGAGGUCUUGCUGUUGAGCUGAGCCAUGA